AUGGGAGGUGGCCAGUCCCAAGCAAACGCGGCGAUAGAAGCACAUCUGGGGAAAUGGGAGACUGCACUUGCUGAACUCGAACAGGUGACUCGCGCCAAUCGUCGAAUGAUCGAGCACGAUCGGAUUUACUCCACUUCCGGCCCCGUAUGUGAUCAUCGCCAGAGUGAAGAAGACGGUUUAGAGCCUUCGCUGCGUGGGGGGCGACGCUCAUCUCAAGUCUCCUUCGGUACUGGUCUCAUGCCGCCGCAACCACAAUUACCAUCACCAUCUCAAACCCAACCGCAUUUACAUGCACAACCAAUGCCACCCGUACUGGCACCACAACCACCACAUCCUCCUCCACUACAACAAUCAGCAAGGCAAAGUCAUUCCCCUACGGAAGGAAGUCCACGUGGAAUGAAUAUGGGUGUCUCAUAUGCUACAAAUAAUAAUAAUAGCAGUGUGGAUGUCUCCAAGGGAGCUUCCUCUACUGGACAUCAACAGAAGUAUAACCGUCAACAAGUAAUGGAAAUUCGAAGGGCACGUACUGCUUUCUUCAAAUCCUAUGAGGGAGAACUAACAGAUGAUAAAGUCAUAGAAGAUUGCGGUGACUUUGGUACGACAGCUGUGGCACUUUCUUAUCUACUUGGUGGUGAAAAGGGAUGUAAAGACCGUAAAAAACGAGUCACUGUAGAAGAUAUCUUUUUUGCCGCCCAUGUACCAUUACACUACCUUCACGGUGGUGUACUUUCACUUCCCGUCAUGACAGAUAUCAUUCGGGAGUUUAUUGAUGUGGAUAAUCGUUUUAAAAACGAAUAUGGUCUUUCUGUAAUGCACCUUGAUAUUUCUCCAACUCUCGGUCAAGUUGAACUCGGUGGAAAUGAGGUUGGAGAUCGACAAACACGAAUGCAGUUACCAGAGUUUACCAAAGCCAUCACACACGACUGUGAAGAAGAAACACAGGUGAUUCGCAUUGUUAAUUAUGAUCCUUAUGUAUUGGAACAAGAAACAAUUGUGGACGCCUUUGAUGAUGAGGACGAAGGCAGCUCUGGAUUAACCGCAUCUGUUCUUGUGAGUCCACGGCACCGUCCACGACGUCACACAAAGAACAACAAUGGUGCCUACGCUGUUAUUGUGGAUGUGCGUUAUGUGGUGCGGUUAAUGGUAACACUUGCUGAAGGUAUUGUGGGGAGUGAACUAGGCGUGAGACUAAUGGAGGUUCCAGCUGCGGCUCUCUUUAAGGCGAUGACCGUCGCUAAGGAGGGUGAACGUGCUCGAGGAUUUAUUCGUGUAUUCCGAAAAGACAGUGUGCCGGUCAUGACACAUGAUGAAGUGCAACUUAUGUUUUCACCCGAACUAAGCAGUGGAAAGGUGAUUGGCACAAUUCUACAAGGUACACAUGCAUCUGUUAUAUCUACACACAUCAGUCCACAUAUUGUGGCUGUUGCAUGGGCGAUGCAUCUUCUUGGUGGUGUAAGACCGAAUGCGCAUGGUUAUGGUAAUGGACUACCAGUCUCAGAUAUUAUUCGUAAAAUGCAUUUUCCAGCUGAAGUGUUUAUUGAUGGUGGUUUACCAUUAGAGGAGGUAUUUAAAUACGCACGGGAGUAUGUGCAUAUUACAAAUCGCAACUAUAAUGUUGCUGUAUAUCCGGUCUUAACAAAGAUUUCACGUGAAGAUGCUGUUCCCACUAUUUCUGUUUUUGAUUUGGAGUCUAUUAUUAUUGAUGUGAAAAACGCAAAUGAAGAUCCAGAGGUUCCCGAACAUAUCAUGGUUAUCAUGUAUAAUGCCAAUGUGGCACAUAAUGUGCUUUACAUCACAACUCAACCACAGUGGUGUAUUCUCGCUGGCUAUGAUCAGGAAACUCAAACGGCACUUCUUAUUGAUGCCCAUCCUAAAACCUUUUUACAGACAUGGACAUGUCCUCUUGACCGUUUACAUAAAGCAAUGACAUCUAAUGGUUAUAUUAUCUUUUCCAAGUCUCGUGAGGCGGCAUCACGUCGUAAAUCAAGUGACAGCAGUGCAUGCGGCGGUUCACAAUUACUUGGAUAUAAAUCUGAUCCCGCACUUGUUGGUGCUCCUCGUCGUAUUGCCUCAACUGUUCAAAAUCGUCUCGAACUUUUACAUGAACAAGAAACUCUUGACGUUUCACCUAUUGAUGUUGUGAAAACGUUUACAUUUCCAUCGUUACCAUUAAGUGCGACAAUGAUUGCACUUGCACUAACUAAGUUAGGGGAACAAACUACCUUUGAAGAUGUUUUUAUGACACUUCCCUUUGAAACCUCUGCAUUAAUGUUGCGUUACUUUACGCUGGAGUCUGUGGCGGUGUGUCUGACAACAUAUCUUGCGGAGGUUGGACUUGAGAUGGAUGUGCAGACAUAUCAUACAGACAAGUGCAGUGGUGGACGACCACGACUUCCAUGGGAGGACUUUAAGAAACUUAUUGAGGAAGGAUCACGAAAUAGCAACAAGGCCUUUAUUAUGUUGUAUAGCCCAGAUAAUAUUGAAGUCUUUGGCGAUUCUCACCCAUUCGGUUCUACUGGUCUUCUUGUUGGUUAUUGUGCCAGGACGGAGAGUGUUACUAUUAUGGACACUAAUCCACACGGUUACUUCCGCACAUGGCCCGUACCGCUGCAGUCACUCUACCGUGCCUUACAUGAUAAAGAUUGGAGACAUCGACGUAGUGGCUGUAUUGUGUUAACACGACGUACAACACCACUGGAACCACAAUUUCCACCAGAGUAUACACGGGAAAUGCAAUUGUAUAUUGUACCUGUACAGAACGUCUUUCACGUAAGUCCAUCACCACACUUUCAGGCUUUAUCGUUUGCUUUUGCUCAACUUGGAUUCUUUUACUCACCGGAAGAGAUUUUUUAUGAAGCAUACCUUAAGACGAUGGAUGAUCAACGACGACGUGGAAGUCAAGCCUUCGCAUGGCGUGAUGUUGAUGUUUCCUUAUCCGUCAUUAACAAACAAAUUGAUGCCCGAUUCCUUGCACAGGUUUGCCGCAUGUUUCUGGAGUCCCGUAAACCAGCAAAGAGUGGAAAGACAAAUAUGUUAAAGCGUACGGACGGUAAUAUGAAUGGUCUCAAAAGCAACGCUGGUGAAGAUACGGAUACUGUACAUGUGGAACUUCUUGAUGACAUUGACGUGGAUGAUCUUGACACGAUUCUACGUGAUGCCACGCGGAGUGAGGGCAACAACUCUGUGUUGCUUCUUAACUACGAUACGGCCAAGGCCCACGAUGUAGAAUACUGGGGAAGAAGUGUUGCUCUUGUCAAGUCUUACAACCCGGAAACACAGAUGGUGGAGUUGUUUGAGGGUGAACAUACCGUGUUUGGACUACUAUGGACGGUGAAUGUGGACAAACUGAUUGAGAUUGGCGAUCUGCUGAAUGAAGGCCGCAGUGCGUACGGGUUUGUGAAGAUGGAAAAAGUAAAGGCGGCGGCCGCCCCGAAGCGAUUGGCAUUAUUGAAAGGCCCCGACCCCGACGAUGUGGAUGAUGUUUCUCCACCAAACAACAACCCCGCACGCCGUCAUCGUGAAAUGGUGGCAAAGUUUGUUCCCGAAGAGGAGACCGACAAUAAUAAUAAUAAUAAUAAUAAUAAUAAUAAUAAUAAUAAUAAUAAUGGUUCAUGA